UGUGCCGUAUGUGUCUGGGAUGCAGCAGUGGAAGAAAGAGAGAGCUGAAAGAGAGAGAGAGCUGAAAGAGAGAGAGAGAGGGAGGGAGCUGUUAUUUAGGUCUGUUACAGCAGACAGGGAGCAGCUCGCCCUAGGGCAGGGGGAGACGAUAGAGCAACACUGAACUCAGAACAGCACAUUCAGCUACAGAUACAGCCAGGCAGGAACCAGCCCUGCAUUCCAGCUGAGGGGAAGGGAAAGGAGGUAUAGAAACUGAAGUGCCAGCAGGAAAGGAUAGAACAGACGGGAGAGAGAGAGAGAGAGAGAGAGAGAGAGAGAGAGAGAGAGAGAGAGAGAGAGAGAGAGAGAGAGAGAGAGAGAGAGAGAGAGAGAGAGAGAGAGAGAGAGAGAGAGAGAGAGAGAGAGAGAGAGAGAAGGAACGAAGGAAAAGGUAGCAGCAGGCAGCAACACAUCAAGACAAGGGUUUGAUCUGGGACCUUCACUGCUGCUGCUACUGUUGUUGUUGUUGUUAUUGUUGUACUCCGGUAAGGUGACCUAGCUACUCCAGGAACAAGGAAGGGGGGGUACAGCAGCAGGUUUAACCUGUGUGUUCUCAGGAGGUAGGGGCUAGGGAGGGGGUACAGUAAAAGGAGGUUGAAAGCUCCACCACCAUGUUUGACUGUAUGGAAGCUCUGGGGAUGGGCCCACGCCAGCUAUAUGAUGUCACCAGCCGGGGUGCGUGCAUGCUGCGGAAGGCGAGCCCCUUCUUCGCAGGGCUGGACCCCUUCGCUUGGACCGGCAGCGCCAGCGUUCAAUCGGUGGAGACCCAGAGCACCAGCUCUGAGGAGAUGGUCCCCAGCUCUCCCUCUCCACCUCCCCCACCACGCAUCUACAAACCCUGCUUCGUGUGCCAGGACAAGUCCUCUGGAUACCAUUACGGAGUCAGUUCCUGUGAGGGCUGCAAGGGUUUCUUCCGACGCAGUAUCCAGAAGAACAUGGUGUACACCUGUCACCGAGACAAGAACUGCCAGAUCAACAAGGUCACCAGGAACCGCUGCCAGUACUGCCGACUGCAGAAGUGCUUUGAGGUCGGCAUGUCCAAGGAAGCGGUGCGUAACGACAGGAACAAGAAGAAGAAAGAUGUGAAGGAGGAGUUGGUGUUGCCAGAGAGUUAUGAGUUGAGUGGAGAACUGGAGGAGCUGGUCAACAAAGUCAGCAAAGCCCACCAAGACACCUUCCCCUCACUGCUGCAGCUGGGCAAAUACCACACCAACUCCAGUGCAGAGCAGCGCGUGCAGCUGGACCUGGGGCUGUGGGAUAAGUUCAGUGAGCUUUCCACCAAGUGCAUCAUCAAGAUCGUGGAGUUUGCCAAGCGCCUCCCCGGCUUCACCACCCUCACCAUCGCUGACCAGAUCACCCUCCUCAAAUCAGCCUGCCUGGAUAUCCUGAUGUUGAGGAUCUGCACCCGCUACACUCCAGAGCAGGACACCAUGACCUUCUCAGACGGGCUGACCCUGAACCGGACCCAGAUGCACAACGCAGGCUUCGGCCCGCUCACAGACCUGGUGUUUGCCUUUGCUGGCCAGCUGCUGCCUCUGGAGAUGGACGACACAGAGACGGGCCUCCUCAGCGCCAUCUCCCUCAUCUCUGGAGACCGUAUGGACCUGGAAGAGCCCCAGAAGGUGGACAAGCUGCAAGAGCCCCUCCUGGAGGCCCUGAAGAUCUACGCACGUCGCAGGCGCCCCAACAAACCACACAUGUUCCCCCGCAUGCUGAUGAAGAUCACUGACCUCAGAGGCAUCAGCACUAAGGGGGCAGAGAGAGCCAUCACUCUGAAGAUGGAGAUCCCAGGCCCCAUGCCUCCUCUGAUCAGGGAGAUGUUAGAGAACCCAGAGGCCUUCGAGGACCAAACAGAGAGCAGUGGAGAGAGCUCCCCACCGCCUGCCCCUCCACCCGUUCCACCAGCCUCCUCCAAGCCCCCCGCCACCAUGAAGACUGAGGCUGAGGACGAGGAGGACAGCUGGGGGACAGAGAAUGGCAGCGAGCCUUCCCCAGAGGAAGAAGAUGAGGAUGACUAUGAUGAUGGGGAGGAGGAGGACCGGGACAGGGGCUCGGACAGCGAGGGGGAAUCCUGGGCUCUGGAGGGUAGCAGCGAAGGGGCUAGGAAGAACCAUGCCGGGAGGGCGCAGUGAGGAGGAGAGAAGAUCACAGAUAUGCAGACUCUACACUCAAACACACACACACUAACUGACGUAAUCAAACACACACACACACACACACACACACACACACACACACACACACACACACACACACACACACACACACACACACACACACACACACCAUACCCCUUCCAGUGCUGGCCCUCCCUAACCUCCUCAUCCCCUCUAUCUCCCUAAUGCACAUCCGUCUCUCCAGGCAGGACAGGACACAGCAGGACAGAACACAGCAGGACAGGACAGAGCAGGGCAGGACAGAACAGGACAGAGCAGAGCAGAGCAGGACAGAGCAGGACAGAGCAGAUCAGGACAGGACAGAGCAGGACAGGACAGCGCAGGACAGGACAGGGCAGGAAAGGACAGGGCAGGACAGGACAGUAGAGCCAUAUGGUUGCCUGUAUAGACACUAUAACUCAGGUUCCCUGACUCGCAGGUUCUUGACAAGUGCCAUGCAGAGAGACUAAUAAAACGAGAGACGGAGAAACCACAUGAUGCAACCGUCUGGACUUGUGACUCGUGAUAUAGAGAAGAGAGAAGAUGACAAGAAUACUAUCUUUGACGAAGCAAAUGUCACAUUUUUUACUAUCUUCUUGUUUGUAUCUAUAUAGAGGAAUGUCCAAACCAGACAGCAUGAACUGAACAGUAAAUCUGGAUGCCAAGCAAAGCACACUUCUCAAAAAGAAAUACAGAAUGAAACCAAACUGAAAAUGCUAAUUAUUUUGUUGGGCUUUUAAAAAAAAAAAAAUUCUUCUUGUUUUAUUUUCUUGAUUUGUAUUUUUCUUUCAAUUUAUGAAUAAGUCUCUACAUAUCUAUAUACCAUUAUAUUAUUAGUCUUUGUUUGUAAUCCUGGUUUUGAUUUCUUCAGAUGAGGUUUUGUGUUUGAGGAGUUUUCCAGCGGCGAUAUAAAGAGAGAUUUGGAAUCAGAAUCAGAACAUACCGCUAGCUGAAUCUCCUUUCCAACUGGUGGUUUUUGGGCACUUUUGCUCGCCGUAGAUGUCAAUGAUAAUCAACUCAGUAAUGUUAACUUGUGUUACAGUGACUCAAGUUGUGAUUUGUUGUUAUCAGGGGACUGGCAUUAAUCCAUGUGCUUUCUUUCAACACAACCAACUAUGCUGCCGAUUGGACAUGUGUCUUUGUGCCAAAGUUCGCAACUCAUUUUCAGAAACAGACCCUAGACACCAACCAGUGCUCACACACACAUCAAAUCUUCACGCCUCAAUUAGACACACAAACACACACACACACACACACACACACACACACACACACACACACACACACACACACACACACACACACACACACACACACACACACACACACACACACACACACACACACACACACACACUAAAUCUCGGAUCUAUAACAUAUGUGCCGUCUUGGUUCGGGUGCUUAGACAGAGAUUGACACUUGGCCGUAUAUGUAGCACUUUGAUAUCCUGUUUUUAAAUCAGGCACCGCUAGCAAAGUAAGUUACAAUACAAUACAAUACAACUUUAUUGUCCAAUAUUGACAGUACCGUCACUGCCAAUCUUAUCUCAACAGAAAUCAUCAGAUGUCUGUCACAUUAAAUAACUAUUUCACGACGUGCACAAGCAGACACUCUUGCGUACACAAAAAUACACACACACACACACCCACGCACAAACACACACACACACACGCAACCAGGAUCUGUUAUAGAUAAUGACAUGGAAACAGACUUCUCAGGGCUUCUCUGUAAGGACCAAACCCUAGCGGGUUCGCUAGAAACAGGCAAUAUUUAUGUGUGUGUAUUUUUGACUCAGUCAAUUGGAUCUGUCCAGUUAACCCCUAUCUCUGUGUACAUAGAAGAUAUAUGACUAGUCUACAAAUGGCCUGGAUGCCAGUCUGUUACCCUUUUCACACUAUCAUGACAACCUAACCCAAACUGUGCUGACUUCACAUUGUCCUUCAGUCCACGGUUCCAACAACUAUGGUGAGUGCAUAACUAGGCCAGCUCUGUACAGCUCAGUUUGGCUUGGCUUGGCUCACUAGUGUGAAAAGACCAAACCUGUCUCAGACCAGAUUUGGCUGACCUGUGCUGCUGGCAUCCAAGAAACCAACUGCCUUCUCAUCUAAAAGCCAUUAUAUCAUCAUGUCUUUGUAAGGUUGUAUGAUAUUCUCUCAGCGUUUUGUGUUCUCAUAUUUCAUUUCUUCUCAAUCGUCUUUGUUGCCAAAAUGUCUCAGUCAAUAUGUAACCAGCUGGUCAUAAUGCAGCUGGCUGGCUACAUACAGUACAGAGGUUUGUAUGCAGUCUCUCUGUGAAGCAAUAUGAACAGGAAUAUGACAGCCUCCCAGCAGUAGAGAGAGAGUGACCUACUGUACAGUACUCUCAGAAUGUGGGCCUCCUGACCUGAUUUGAGUGUGUGUUAAUGCUUUAACAUGUCUCCUCUGCCAUUGGGUGAAUGUUCUCUGUAUGGUGCUGUGAUGUCAUACGGCGCGGAGCAGAGAAGCGAGGUUUGAUGACCUCAUCACCGCUCCUCUCUGUCUGCCCUGCCAGGCAGUCAUGAUGCAAACACAACGCUGAGAUCAUGUUGCUACACAACGUUGUGACAACAUGGUUCUGAUGCAGGUGUUAUUUUCUGUAAAACACGGCCAAGGUAUUGUCCAAUUUUCUGUUCAUACCAACUCAUACAAAGAUAAGCCAUAUAAAUAAAUUACUUUUGUGA